AUGCAAAAGCGUCAAGUCAAGGAAUUCGUCGGCGCUUUCGGCGGCCUCGUCGAGCACUGCUUCACCUCCUGCGUCGACGACUUCACCUCAAAGUCCCUCUCCUCCAAGGAAACCGGAUGCCUCAACCGCUGCGUCCUCAAGUGGAUGGCCACCCAGCAGCGCGUCAGCGAGCGAUUCCAGGAGCACAACGCCCAGAUCACGCAGCAGAUGCAGAAAUAA